AUGGCAUCAGGAGCCUUCUUUGACCCGAUGCGGCUCCUCCGAGUGGCCCCUCUGAUCAGUAGCACUGGCACAUUAGUCUACGCAACUGCAGAACUCAUCUAUAACUCAUCUUUCCUCCACCAUUCAGUCCGCAAGACCUCAAACGAACUUCUCCCGAACUGGUGGAAUGUCGUCUUCCAUCGUGGUGUAUGGGUAGUCCUGGCCCUUAACCUAACUACUAGUACCACGGCCAUCGCAAAUUUGAUCCUUGAUCACCAUUUUUCAAUUCCAACAUUCAGUACCAAGCUUUAUCUUGCAGGCUUGGUGGGAGCAGUUGGCCAUCUAUUGUUUGUUCCGUGGGUGGCUGGCCCAAUUCGAGAUAUCAUUGAUGGAAGAUCAACAGGCGGAGCUUCCGGCGACAUGGAAAAAUGGCUUGGAUUUCAUCGUAUCAGAAUGGUGACCGCCGAUCUGGUAGCUUGGGUUGCGUUUCUGGGUGCCUUUUCAUCCACGCCAUUCUACUAA